AUGACCCCCCUCCUUCUACUUGUUCUCCUCGCACACGCCGCCCUCGUCCUCGCCCAGGCAGCAGGUUCGACGCUGUCCAUCUACUCGCCCAGCGGGAGCGUGUGGUGGGUCCAGAACGCCAACAACACCCUCGCGUGGAUGGGUACCGGCCCGACCGCGUUCGCCGUGUGGCUCUCCAACCCCGACGUGACCCUCAUCCCGGCUGAUGUCAAGCUCAAGACCUUCAUUCGCACCACAACGUCUUCGUUGUCUAUCUGGUCCACCCGCGCGCCCCCGGGCCCCAACUACACUCUCAAGCUCACGGCCGUCAACGACACCUCCACCCUCUACGCCACGUCGGACGCAUUCCAGAUCGUGCCCUUCGGCUCGCCGCGCGCGCAGGUCAGCACCUCGGCCCCCGCGGCGAGCGGCACAGGCGCCCUCAUCACCGACCCGGGCGCGGCGGGCACCGGUGCAGCGGCGCCAGUCACUGCUGACCCCAACGCUGGGGGUGGUGGCUCUCCCCUUCCGACCGACGGCAGCGGUAACCCCGGCUCCGUUCCCGGCACCAGCGUUGCGGCUACGAACGGCGCGAGGGCGCUUGGGGCGAGCCUUGUCGGGCUUGGACUCGCUGUUGCUGGCGCCGCCUUUGUUGUGCUCUAG